AUGGGAUCUACCAGUGAAGCAUCAUCAUUUUCCACUCCAACCUCAGGAAGGUCAUGGUCCAACCAUGUUUUCUUGAGUUUCAGGGGUGACGACACACGCAGAGGGUUCACAGGCCAUCUUUUCGAUUCACUGGAGAGAAGGGGGAUCAAAACUUUCAAGGAUGAUCAUGAUCUCGAGAGGGGCAAAGUUAUAUCAGUGGAACUCAUGAAGGCCAUUGAAGAUUCCAUGUUUGCACUCAUCAUUCUCUCACCAAACUAUGCCUCUUCAACAUGGUGUUUGGAUGAGCUUCAAAAGAUUGUAGAGUGCAAGAAAGAAGUUUUUCCAAUCUUCCAUUGUGUGGAUCCCUCUGAUGUGAGGCAUCAAAGAGGUUGCUUUGCCAAGGCCUUCAGGGAACAUGAAGAGAAAUUCAGAGAAGACAGAAAGAAGGUGGAAAGAUGGAGACUUGCCUUGAGAAAAGUUGCAAGUUACUCUGGCUGGGACUCCAAGGAUCAGCAUGAGGCAACACUGAUUGAAACCAUUGUCGGCCAUAUACAGAAAAAGUUAAUUCCUAGACUCCCAUGUUUCACAGAUAACCUUGUUGGAAUUGAUUCACGGGUGAAAGAAGUGAAUUCACUCAUGGGCAUGUUGUUAAAUGAUGUUCGCUUCAUAGGAAUAUGGGGCAUGGGAGGCAUAGGGAUGGACAUAGAUGAAGUGGUAAAUAUCUUAGAAAAUUGUGGUGAUCAUCCUAAGAUUGGAAUCGAUAUUUUGAUUGAAAGAUCUUUGCUAACUUUAGAUAGGAUCACAAAUAAGUUGGGGAUGCAUGAUUUGCUACAAGAUAUGGGUAGGAAUAUUGUAUAUCAAGAAUCUCCAAAUGAGCCAGGGAAACGUAGUAGGUUGUGGUCUCAAAAAGAUAUUGAUUAUGUAUUGACCAAAAACAAGGGAACUGAUGAAAUUCAAGGCAUUGUUCUGAACUUGGUUCAACCGUAUGAUUAUGAAGCACGCUGGAACACUGAAGCUUUCAACAAGAUAAGUCAGCUAAGGUUACUCAAGUUAUGUGAUAUGCAGCUUCUCCGUGGCCUCAACUGCCUUCCUAGUGCACUAAAAGUUGUUCAUUGGAGAGGAUGUCCUCUCAAAACCCUGCCACUUACUAAUCAACUAGAUGAAGUUAUUGACCUCAAAUUGCCUCAUAGCAGAAUAGAACAGCUUUGGCAUGGGACAAAGCUUCUAGAAAAGCUUAAGUUCAUCAAUUUGAGCUUUUCCAAGAACCUAAAGCAAUCCCCAGACUUUGUUGGGGUUCCAAAUCUUGAAUCACUGGUUCUUGAAGGUUGCACAAGUUUAACUGAGGUUCAUCCAUCCCUUAUACGCCAUAAGAAACUUGUUAUGUUGAAUUUAAAAGACUGCAGGAGGUUCAAAACUCUUCCAAGUAAAAUGGAGACGAGUUCCUUGAAUGGUUUAAAUCUUUCUGGUUGCUCUGAAUUUAAACGUCUUCCAGAGUUUGCGGAAAGCAUGGAACAUUUGUCAGUGCUUUCUUUAGAGGGGACUGCUAUAACAAAACUACCCACAUCACUGGGAUGUCUAGUUGGCCUUGCUCAUCUGAAUAUGAAGAAUUGCAAGAAUCUUGUUUGCCUUCCAGAUACCAUUCAUAAAUUGAAAUCCCUCAUAGUUCUGAAUGUCUCGGGCUGCUCAAAACUUAGUAGCUUGCCAGAUGGUUUGAAGGAAAUCAAGUGUUUGGAGGAACUUAAUGCAAGUGAAACUGCUAUUCAAGAGUUACCUUCAUCUGUCUUUUAUCUGGAAAACCUCAAAGAUAUCUCAGUUGCUGGGUGCAAAGGGCCAGUAUCUAACUCAAUAAAUAAUUUUUUUCUCCCCUUUAAGAGGCUAUUUGGGAAUCAACAAACUUCCAUUGGAUUUAGAUUACCACCUUCUAUAAGAUUACCCUCUUUGUGGAAAAUAAAUUUAAGUUACUGCAAUCUAUCUGAAGAGUCAUUCCCAGAUGAUUUUUGUCACUUAUCUUCGUUGGUGGUUCUAGAUCUCACUGGCAACAAUUUUGUUAGCUUACCAAGUUGCAUUUCCAAACUCUCAAAUCUUGAGCGUCUUAUCCUAAACUUCUGCAAAAAGCUUCAAAGGUUGCCAGAGCUUCCAUCAAACAUGCGAGGAUUGGAUGCAAGCAAUUGCACUUCACUAGAAAUCUCCAAAUUCAAUCCGUCCAAGCCAUGUAGUCUCUUUUCAUCACCUAUAAAGUGCCGUUUACCGAGACAACUGAAAUGCCUUUUCGAGGAACUCCAUCUUCCCAGAGAAAGAUUUGACAUGCUGAUCCCAGGGAGUGAAAUUCCACCAUGGUUUUCUCCUAAUAAAACUGUUUCAUUUGCAAAAAUAUCCAUACCUCAAAAUUGCCCUAUGGAUGAAUGGGUGGGAUUUGCUUUGUGUUUCCUCAUAGUAAGUUAUGCUGUCCCUCCUGAUGUGUGUCAUCAUGAAGUUGAAUGCUACUUGUUUGGACCUAACGGUAAGGAGUUUAUCAGCUCCAGGUAUUUACCUCCCAUGGAGCCAUGUGACCCUCACCUUUAUAUUCUCUAUCUGUCCUUUGAUGAAUUGUGCGGCAUAAUUUGUAAAGGCGGGGAUUGCAGAGAAAUUGAAUUUGUAUUGAAAAGGUAUUGUUGUUAUUCUCUGGAGAUAGUGAGGUGUGGGUCUCGUUUGGUAUGUAAGCAAGAUGUAGAAGAUAUUUAUGGAAAUAGUUUUUAG